CUAAUUCUACACAGAAAAUAAAGUAUUCUGCUGGUUCUUUGUAACAAUAAUUCCUUUUAUUUAAUUCCUCAAAAAUAGAUAGAGAUUUUCACAGUGGCAAUGAUGAGAAGUUUGGAUCAGUAACUUCUAGAAGCAGUUUAGUAUAAUUAACAGGUAUAUAUGCCAGACCUCUAGGAAGAACUUGGCCCUGUCUUUGAGGUAAAGGAAAUAAUAAUCAAUUAUUCAAUAAAUGAUUACUAUUUCAUUUGGAAUUAGCUAACCAACUUCUUUCAUCCUUUUUCUUGAAUUGAUAUAUGAAAAUUUGAAUGCUACAAAUAAUUCCCAACCCCACUGAUCAAACUCAAAAGAUUUGGAAAAUGUAAAGAGAUUUGGCUCAAUAUCUAAAUGCCUGAAAUCCUUCCUGUGGCCACAAGGCGGACAGGGGAAUAAUGAUGUUUAUAAGACGGAUGACUUAAGGAAACAGUCAGAGGAGAUCAGGCGUGCUCAGGGGAGUGUGGCCAUAGAUAAAACAUAUUCUAUUCAUGCAUCUAAUUCUCAACAAUGGAAGGUAAAACAUACCAGAGCAACCUAGGCAUUCUCAGAGGCACACAUUUAUAUAAAGAUGCUACGGCCCUCUCUAUUUAAAUCAAAUUCAUGUAGGAGUGAUAUUUAAAAGAAAAAGUUUUCUCUUUUAUAAUCCCAGAAGGAAAACUUACUUGAAAUCGGCCUUUUUGCAGGAUGGCUUUCUUAAAUAAAUGAACAGAAAAAAUGAAUUAUGUGACUAUAAAUAAAUCCCCUGACAUAGAAUAAAGCAAUGUUCGACUGCUUUAUGGUGUCACUGGAAGAACCCCUGGAUAUAUUUAUAGCCACGUUAACAGUCACCUGUAUUUUUUCAGGACUUUUAUUUCACUGUGCAUUAUGAGAGUUUGGUUGGGGGAGGUUGGUGUUUGUGUUUUUCUCUUCCCAAAACUGCCUACUGGAGCUGUGUAGAGACAGCAAGUAAGGAUUGCUACUCUUUGUUUUUUUUAAAAAGUGGGUCUUCACUUAAUGGCCUGGGUCUUGCAGAAUCAGGCUGUGCCAAAGCUUUCUGGUCUUCCUAAGUCUGCAAUCACAUUAGAUGUGCUUGCAGUGGCGAACUUGACAGGUAUCUCCUGCUGACAGCGAAGUGGCACGUCAGAGCCUAUCCAAGUGAGCGGAGGCUUAUGCAGAGAUAAAACGCAUCGUGAGAGACGAUGGACAAGGCAACUUCACAUUAGGUUCCUGACACCUGACACAUUUAAGUAGAAGUCGGAGGCUUAUUUUAGAAGCCAGCAGAUUCCUUAUAUUGCUUGGAAGCUGAGGCGAUGAACAAAGCAAGGUAAAGAGUUAAGAGUAAAUGCUUUCUUCCCUUCUGUUUGGACUGUCUCCUAAGAAGAGAAGAGAGGAGAAAUUAAAAGGGCCAGGGGAGGAUUCUGGGAUGACAAACUCUGAACCCUAGCUGUUGUUCCUGUGGAUGCAGCUACAAUAGGAGUUUACACACUGCAUACCAUUUAGAAAUUCGAGAUUCUAAAGAGUCCCCUCUGGGUUUCACGAGGGGGAUAUACACAUGGGGGCCAAGAUGGAUUAUUCCUGUGAAAUUCUUCUUCUUUAAAUCUGUGGGGAGAUCAUCAAUUUCGCACCUGUUUCUUUCCUUUCCUAUCUUAAAAGUGGACCCCCAUCUUCCUCUGUGUGAUGUGCCUGGGGUCCCAAUUAAAAGGGCCCAGUAGAGGACAGAACGCAGGUGGGGAAAAGAGCAGCCACGAUGGGCAGUGAUGAUUAUUGCUCUGGGAUUCUAGAUGUAGGAGGUGUUUGGAGCACAUCAACUUAUCGCCACCGAUAAAAUUCUCAAACUAUGUCGGCCUACUAUAAACUGUAAGAGACUAGAAGAAUGGGAGUUUGAAAAGACAUAUAACUAGGAAUGUGUUGACUAGAGGGAGUGGUGUGAGACAUAUGGAAAAAUUAAUAGUGUAUUAUAUUGCGGAGGGAUCUGUAGUUUAUCAGGAUGGCUGUGGCUUAGCUCUUCGGAGCAGAAGAAGCAAUGUUAAGCAGCCUUGGUUUUGUUAUCUGAUUAGUCCUCUCCUCACUCAACUCUGCCCAUAAAUGGACUCUCCCUCCCUGGAACUUACAACAGCUUCUGACACUUCGGGAGUAGUUAAUAAAUAAGUGAUAAGAAUAAGACCGGGAAUGAAUAGCUCCAGAUGUGAUGUCCCAGCAGGGCUUGCAGGUCCCAUUCUGCAUCAGCAGUUCAUUUCCCCUUUAUAGCCAAGCAGAGAAUAAAUUGGAAUGUCCAUCUAGCCUCCCCUUGCUUCCUUGGGAUAAAGCCAAAACAGUUUCCUGUCAGUGCCAACUUGGAAAAGGAGACCAUUAGAUGGAUAAGAGUUCUGCGUAUCAACGGUGGAAGGCUUGUCUCUAGGAAAUCGAUGUCACUAAAGUCAGAUAAAUGGGCCAGUGAAACUCAUGGUAUGAGAGCUAAUAGAUUCUAAGACUCGGUUGGCAAUUGGUUCAAUGGGUUCAUUUAUUCGGCAAACGUUUACUGAGCUCCUGAUACUUGAUACCCAUGUGUCCCACGCAGAGGAUGCAGCAGAGAGCUGGACAAGGCUCUGCCAGCAGGGAGUGGACCAUUUUUCUUUUAAGGAUGUAGAUCAUGAGCAGAUGAAGUAACUUCUCAAUGCCAACCAUGCUGGGAAAGAAACAAAUCGGAACAAAGAAGUAGAAUAGCCAGUAGGGUGGCAAUGCCUAACCUGAGGUGAGACCCAGGAAGACUUUCUAAGGAAACGGCCUGGCAAAUGCACCCUCAUAAUGUUGAGGGAAACCUCCCAGAGAAGAAGGCCCAGCAGGCUUGGGUUGGUAUAUCUAGGUACAUUCAACUGUUGGGAAAAAAAUCUGGGGAGCAGACAGAAGUGAAUCAAGGAUGUCUUGUCGAUGGAGCUGUCAAUACAUCAGAAGCCUGGUCACCUAGGUCUUUUUGAAGUCUGUGUGACAGAGUUAGAGCAAGUUCCAAGUGCAAUGGGAAUCUCCUGGGGGAACUAAAUCAAGAAGCGGCUGAUAAGAGUAAGAAUUGUCACGAACUCUCAGGGAUAAUGCUUAUUUUUUUUCCUUUUUUUGUAAGGAGCAUAAAUAUAUAGCAGGCAAUAUAUGUAAGGAUUUUUAUUUUAAAAUAAAGAAAAGAUAUAUACCACACAUGGUGUGUGUGUGUGUGUGUGUGUGUGUGUGCGCGCGUGCGCGCGCGCGCGCGUGUUUGUGUGUAGUAUGUAAUGUGUCUACUCUUACUUCCUUCAGAAUCAAGGUGCGUGAGCAGGGCAGUCACUGCUGGCUCAGUUAGAAAGGACGUGCCUAGGAAGGAUACCCUUCUAGUGCGCCUGUGUGCCCACUCAGUGGAGGUAGUAGAAAUACUGGAUAGAAAUACUGGAUAGUGUCAUUGUUUCCGAAAGGGCUCUGGGCCAGCCCCUCCUAGAGUCACAGAUGGCUGUGACAGGAGCUGCACACCCCACCCACUCCUGCACUCCCCCUUUCCAAACCCCUCCCCUCCUACUCCUUGCCACCGCUACUCCCUACUUCUGCGCGCACCCUCUACCCAGAUUUAACUAGUACUUUCUGGUACCCAGCACCUGUGAGAAUCCACCCGUCAGAUCUUCUGGGCAAGUCAGGGACAGAUCAGCCACUCCUUUGCUUGGCACACCUUUACUGUGAUUUGACUUGAAGGUGCUACUAGCCUCUGGGACCUGAAUUCCAAGAGUGAGGUUGAGUGGAAGCCACAUCGAAGGACAGACUGGAAGCCACCAAACCCUGCAGAGACUCUGAGCCACCCAACCCCAUAACCUUUACUUCUGAGAGCGAUGACACGGAUUCUAUCAUCUAUCCACUGACCUAGCAGUGGUGUCCAGUGGCUCUUGUUCAGUCUCAGCAGAGAUGCGCGCCGAAGAGUGGACGCCCUAAGCGCAGCAUAAACAGCCGGGCGCCUACCGCAGGCAGUCCGGUGUGCUUACAGACUCAGGGUUUAUUUUGGUUUAGGGACACUUGGGCUGUCGGUGCAUGGUGCAUUCCAGACAAAACCUUCACCGGCGCCUUGGUCGCCGAGUUCGGGUUUAAGGAUCCUGGGAGAGGAACGGGAAGGGAAAUCCCGGGGGCCCAGAGCUGAGGAGGCCUGUGGGUCUCCUGCGCGCAAGCAUGGCGGGGUGGGACCUAGAGGGGGAGCGAGGUGAGGCGAGAGCUCUGGCUCGUGCGCGGGUGUGUACGAGCAGCCGCGAGCUAGCGUACACUUGAAUGGGGAGGGCCGGGAUUCCUGAAGGCUCCACCCCUCCCUCCUCCAGAGCCAGCCAGUCCCUCGGCAGAGCACACCGGCUGCACUGAUUUGCUCUCCGGAGUGCGCUAUUUGCAUAUGACUUGCCCAUUUGUGAAUUUGGCUCCCCAACUCCUUGCUUCACUUCACCUGUGCCUCCCCAGUUGCUUGCACUUUGCGGGUGCCGGCUCUCCUCUCGGCCACCUCUGCCACCCGCGGGCCACCUCCUCUAGCGCUCUCCCUGAUUGCGCCUGGCCUGCUCCUCUCCACCUCCUGCCACGUUGAGGCUAGCUCAGUGCUGUUUCCUUUCCUCUGGCCCUUCUUGAUCCCUUUCUCUGGCUGCUGCUGCUGCUGCGGGGUGCUUUCCAACCUAUCGGGAACUCAGGACUUAAGGCGACUGCACCGUGGCGCUCAUCCAGGACAUUCAGGGUUAACAGCUUCCGCGCCCUUCCACAGAGACUCCCGGGAGCAGGAGAACUCUUCCACCUGCAGCCCCCUUUUGCCUGGCAGUUCUGCAUUGCAUCGCUCGGAAGUCGAAACAAGAAAGAAAAAAAGAAAUGUCCAAAACUCCUUGGAUGUUGGGAUAAACUAGCGUGAGCCUACUUGGGGUUUUCCUGCUUUGUCUUCUCUCUCGGCUUCCACCUUUCCCCAGUGGCUUUCCAGAGCAUGCAGCUAAAACAUCGGACUUGAGGUACCAAGAAAGCAGGAAGAAACCUCGCGGGUCCUUCCCUGAAAUGUGUGACAAGCCAGGGCUCUCCAGGUCUGCUGUACCUGGGUCGACUCUUGCCUCCUAAAUUUCUCUUCCAGGAAAAGAAAAAGAAAGGUUUUGCCUUAUCUCUCUCUCUCUUUUUUAAUCUUCAGUUUCUUUUUGUAGUUUUUUUUCUUUUUCUUUUCUUUCGUUUCCUUUUUUGUAAAAAAAAAAAAAAAAAAACAAACAAAAAACUGAUUCACCAUUUCCCCGCAAGCUCUUAUUGCUCCCCCCAUCCCCAAAUUGGACAACACUUCUUCCUGCUAUGAUGGGCCCCUGGGCAUCAUGAACUUCAUUAUUGCUCCCUGGCUGGAAUUGAAACUGCCCAUCUGUAGUGGUCCAGUGCGUUGACCAUGCACCUGAGAAUCCACGCAAGACGGAGCCCUCCUCGCCGGCCGGCCUGGACACUUGGGAUCUGGUCCCUCUUCUGGGGAUGUAUCGUCAGCUCUGUGUGGAGUUCUUCUAAUGUAGCCUCCUCCUCCUCCUCUUCUUCCUCUCCGGGAUCUCACUCUCAGCACGAACACCAUUUCCACGGCAGCAAGCACCACUCUGUGCCUAUUUCUAUCUAUCGCUCCCCUGUUUCCCUUCGAGGAGGGCACGCUGGUGCCACAUAUAUCUUUGGGAAAAGCGGUGGUCUCAUCCUCUACACCUGGCCAGCAAAUGACAGACCCAGCACACGCUCUGACCGCCUCGCCGUGGGAUUCAGCACCACUGUGAAGGAUGGUAUCUUAGUACGCAUCGACAGUGCCCCUGGACUUGGCGACUUUCUCCAGCUUCACAUAGAACAAGGGAAAAUUGGAGUUGUCUUCAAUAUUGGCACAGUUGACAUCUCCAUCAAAGAAGAGAGAACCCCUGUCAACGAUGGCAAAUACCAUGUGGUGCGCUUCACCAGAAAUGGGGGCAAUGCAACCCUUCAGGUGGACAACUGGCCAGUGAAUGAGCAUUAUCCUACAGGCAACACUGAUAAUGAACGCCUCCAAAUGGUAAAACAGAAAAUCCCCUUCAAAUAUAAUCGGCCUGUAGAGGAGUGGCUGCAGGAAAAAGGCCGGCAGCUAACCAUCUUCAACACCCAGGCGCAAAUAGCCAUCGGAGGAAAGGACAAAGGACGUCUCUUCCAAGGCCAACUCUCUGGGCUCUAUUAUGAUGGUUUGAAAGUACUGAACAUGGCGGCUGAGAACAACCCUAAUAUUAAAAUCAAUGGAAGUGUCCGGCUAGUGGGAGAAGUCCCAUCAGUCUCGGGAACAACACAAACAACCUCCAUGCCACCUGAAAUGUCUACCACUGUCAUGGAAACCACCACCACGAUGGCUACGACCACCACCCGCAAAAACCGCUCUACAGCCAGCAUUCAGCCAACAUCAGAUGACCUUGUUUCAUCUGCUGAAUGCUCAAGUGAUGAUGAAGACUUUGUCGAGUGUGAACCAAGUACAGCAAACCCCACGGAGCCAGGAAUCAGACGGGUUCCGGGGGCCUCAGAGGUGAUCCGGGAGUCCAGCAGUACAACAGGGAUGGUCGUCGGCAUUGUGGCUGCUGCCGCCCUCUGCAUCUUGAUCCUCCUGUACGCCAUGUACAAGUACAGGAACAGGGACGAGGGGUCCUAUCAAGUGGACGAGACGAGGAACUACAUCAGCAACUCGGCCCAGAGCAACGGCACGCUCAUGAAGGAGAAACAAGCCAGCUCCAAGAGCGGCCAUAAGAAACAGAAAAACAAGGACAAGGAGUAUUAUGUGUAAACAUCACACCACCAGUCGUAUGCGAAUUGAAAACAGAAUUAUUUCUAUACACACACCUGAAUACUUUGACAAUGAGAUUUAACUUGUUGGAUAUGUUCGGUGAGUUGGGGUAUACCACGACUAUGGUGGGAAAAACCAUUUUUAAAAGGACACAUACGAUGGUGUAUCUCUCUGUAAUGGUGAGCCAUGGUGCAAGGUCAUAGCCUUUGCCUGAAGACAGAAAAUUCUCUCUGCCCUGCUGUAUCAUAAAGCACACACUUAGUGCCCUGGAGCAAGUCCAUGACUCCACUUGACUUUGGAAGCUUCCUUCUCUCCGGGACCUUUUGAAAGGGGUAGAAGACUAUGUGACUUACUUGUUCCUUCGAUCCAAGUGAGUCUGUAAUGAUGUUUGUGACUCUCGACUGUAACAAUGUUGGCUUAUUUUUUGUUUGUUUGUUUAAUUAUGUAAAAAAACAAAAACAAAAAAAUGAGAAAAGAAAAAUGCUUUAAAAAAAUACAAACAAAACAAUACAAAAAAAAAAAAAAACCCAGAAAUACCCUUAUCUGGUUCUGACCAGUGUGCGUGUAACUUUCCAAGACCUGAGGGGAAAAUAACUUUUGGGUUUUCAUUUAUUUUUUGACAAUGACUGCACGUAAGAAGAGAAGGAAAAAGAAUUACUCAGAAAAAAAGUAUGAGACUCUUGCCAUAUGAACUCAAACUCAACCAUGGCAUUCACUCCACGUAGCAGGUUGUGGUGUCUCUAGAAUCAAUCGUUAGUUUCCUAAUGCUUUGGUGAACCCAUGUGGUGAAUGAUAAUCCGUUUGCAAAGCAGGUCCCCAAGAUCUAAUUCCAAUAUUUGCCAUUCAAACCUACGACAGAUGGGUUUUGGGGCUGGUGUCUUGGUUUCACUUAACAAAUACUGUCCCUGUCCAUCAACCCAAACUGUGUGAACAGGGCAAACAUAAGCCUCACAAAUUAAAGCAGAGCCUUUCCAAGGGAAGGAAAGAAGGGAAAGGGGGUGGACUGGGUCUGUGAAAUGCAUGUAAACAAAGAAAAAAAAACACAAAACAAAAACGAAAAGACAAUGCUAGCAUCUGUUUCAACAGACUGACUGCAGGGGAGUUCCCAACUCGUAAUGCAACCACAAAUGGUCACACAAGCCGCGUCAUGGCCGAGUGUGAAAGUCAUAGUUAUUCCCCUCCCCUCGACAUGAUAACGGUUUCCAUGUGGUUUAACUUUGUAGCCUGAUGUGAGUAAAUCCUUUCCAUCUCCUCAUGUCUCCCUUCGCCCAAUCUUUUUUUAAAAGACAAAUAAAUAAAUGAAUAAAGCUGCUGUGACACACACACAAAAAGGAAUUUAAUAGUAUAAUAUAUAUAAAUAAAUAUAUAUACAGAUAUAUUUAUCAUGGUAUGUUUGGUGGGAUGACUGACACAGAAACCUGUUAAAGUCUUGAAGUGGAAUGAGAAUGUUAUUUUAAAAGAAAAAAAUAACAAAACAACAAAAAAGUAAACCUUAAAAUGUGAAGAAAGUGUGAGUUUCUUUUUCGUUUUGUCACAGUUAACUGUGUCAAAGAGAAUUUAAACAACAGACAACAGAAACUUCUCAGAUUUUGUUUACAUAUUUUACUACAUUUUUGCUGGUAUAACCCCUCAGUCGUGUAUGUACAUACCGCUUUAAGAACUGUUAUUUCCUUUCUGUCUGUUUAUUCGGUUUGUGUUCCAUUCUCUUUCUGUCUUCUUUUUGUAAAGAGGAAGCAAUGUACAGAGUAAAAAAAAAUAAUAAUAAACAAACUGGUUUCGUUGCCAUAGCCAUUCAAAAAGCAAGAAGAUAAAACAGGACACAUGCUCGCACAGAGGCGAGGUGUGUCAUCUGGAGGGGCAGGCGUAUGCGAUUUCUCUUGUACAGAUGAAAACCAAUCAGCUGUUUAGAUUUAGAAAUCUACUCUUGCUGGUCUUUGUAAGUUGCAUGAAUAUUUGACUUUGAAAAACAAUUAUCCUAAAGACAUGGGGCAGAAGGCGCAGUUUAAACAAUGGCAAGCCUUCACUGAUGUGUAUGGAAAGUGGUGUUCCUCCUUAUCCGAGAUCUCAAUGUGUUAAGAGUUUCCCUUUUUUUUUUUUUUGGUUGUUGUCAUUAAAAAGACAGGACUGUAAAAGAGUAUUAAAGCACGAUUUUAGAUAAAUGGCCCAGCCCAUAUGAAGUUGAUUAUAUCUCGAUGUCUGUGACAGAUUGCUGUUCUUGGAGUCGUGAGAUCUUGUGAACUGACCUUCUCCUUUCUUUCCAUUUUUUUUAAAAUCGGAGUAAAAUCUCAUUUGUUAUAUUCCUUUUAGUGUAAGUUAAUAUCUGGACAGUUUUACGGGAACCUGUGCAUUCUGUAUGCGAGCUUUCAUCGGAUUCCUGUUGUGUUCUUUGCAGACCCUGAAAGAGAUUUUUUUCAUAACGUUGUGAUGUUCCUGCUUUUUUUGUUUUGUUUUGUUUUGUUUUUCCUUUUCUCUUUUAUUUCCCAUUUGCUUUUUCGUUCAAGGAUAUGCUUAGCAAUAAAAUGUUCUUCCCAAAA